AUGGCCCCCUCACCAUGUAGCCUUUGUCAUACAGCCAGAGCUCUAGUGAAACGUCCAAAGACAGGACAGCAAGUUUGUAAAUCAUGUUUCUACUCCGUGUUCGAAACCGAGGUUCAUAACACCAUCACUGAGGGGCAAGGUAUCUUUCAUCGAGGAGAAAAAGUAGCUAUAGGAGCUAGUGGAGGUAAAGAUUCAACCGUCCUUGCUCAUGUCCUCACGCUUUUGAAUCAGAGAUACGAUUAUGGUUUGGAUCUCUAUCUUCUAUCAAUAGACGAAGGCAUCACAGGGUAUAGGGACGAUUCUUUGGAGACGGUCAAACAGAAUCAGGUGGAAUAUGGUCUGCCGUUGAAGAUUCUUUCGUAUAAUGAGUUGUAUGGAUGGACCAUGGAUCGGAUCGUCGAGCAAGUCGGGAGGAAGAAUAAUUGUACUUUUUGCGGUGUAUUCCGACGGCAAGCAUUAGACAGAGGUGCAGCUCAAUUAGGCAUAGAUCAUAUUGUCACCGGUCACAAUGCAGAUGAUAUGGCUGAGACUGUUCUUAUGAAUAGUAAGAUCACAGCUCUCGAACUCAUGCGUGGUGAUAUUGCUCGAUUGGGGAGAAGUAUGGCUUUGACAACUCAAAGUGAAGAUACUAUCAAACGUAGUAAACCUUUCAAGUAUGCGUAUGAGAAGGAAAUUGUCAUGUACGCAUACUUCAAGAAGCUCACUUAUUUCUCUACGGAAUGUAUCUACGCUCCAGAUGCUUAUCGAGGACACGCACGGGUUUUCCUGAAAGAUCUUGAAGCUAUUCGUCCCUCGGCCAUAAUAGACAUUAUUCACUCAGGUGAAACUUUUGUUUUGGAGCAAAGCGUCCAAAAGGGGUUAAAAGAAAUGCAAACAUGUCUCCGUUGUGGUUACAUCUCCUCCAACGAUUUAUGUAAAGCUUGUGCUCUUUUAGAAGGUCUCGAAGCUGGUUUGGACCGUUCAGCCCUGAAACAAGGUCAGAGUACCUUGUCCGUAGUCCCAGAGGGACAUCGUAUCAUUCCUCGAUUCGAACGACCCGUACCCAUCGCUGUAGAAGGUAUCGAGCGAGCAGUACAAUCCCUUGCUCUGUGA